AUGUCACAAGGCGAAGGUGCCAUUGGCACCUACAAGAAAUGGGAUUUCGACGAGGAAAUGGAGUUGGAGAAGCAAGAGCGGAGAAAAGUGCCUAAAGGAGUGCUGUCCAUCUUAGCCUCAUCUCCGGAGAGAGCCGUCACGCUGCUGUACGUGCUUCUUGCCUUCACCUUCGUGCUCUUCAUGGCUCUCACCAUCGUGAACCUCCAGAGAGUAUCCGCAGCGUGGGAGGCGUUGGAACAAGCCAGGAUGUGGAGCGAGAACAGCCACACGACGGCCUGGUACAACCUCUCGGAGGUCCAGCACACCCUUGAUAAACAUCUCUCUGGUGAGCUCAAGGCAAUUCACGGCCGACUUCUGAACGAGGAAAGGGAUGCGCUGGAGCCGGUGCUGCGGCAGUUGGCGGAGGUGAAGCAGGAGCAGAGCCGCGCGUCGGCGCUCCUUGACGCGGCGUUGGAGGAGAUGCGCAACCUCUCAGAAAUUUUCUGCACGAGGUGUCCUGCCGGUUGGGAGCAGUUUGCCAAAUCCUGUUACUUCUUCUCCUCCACCACCAAACCCUGGCAGGCUGCUAACGACUCCUGCGCCAACUUCAAUGCCCAUCUGGCCAUUGUCAACACCGAGCAGGAAAACAAAUUUUUGGCAAAUCACGUCAUGGAGACGCGGAUAUUCUGGCUGGGUCUGACCGACAUGCACAAUGAAGGCAACUGGCAGUGGGUGGACGGCCGCUCCCUCUCUCUCUCGUACGUUUUUAGCCUCAUCGGAGGGUUCUGGAACAGCGGCGAACCCAACAACGUGGGCCACCAUGGCGAGGACUGUGGCUCCAUCUAUUCCAGCGGCGGCUGGAACGACGUUACCUGUUCCAGCGACGAGGCCUGGAUCUGUGAGCGUAGCUGUUAG